AAAAAAAAAACUCGCGCUUUCAAACCAUGUUCUCUCACACUACUGCUGUCAUAGCUUUUGAUACAGUGAACUAAAUCCUUAAAUAAUCUAAAAUAAUUGAACCAUUGCAUUUGUUUCCGAUAGAAAUUCAUUAUUCUUACGCAUAUUCGGUUAAAUAAAACGAAAUCUUUUGAACAACUUUGAAUUGCACAUCGAAAACGAGAUUUUUUCUCACAAAUCUUCCAAAGUUUGGAUAUCAGCAAACAAUUGGUAUGGCUGAUGCAAGCACCAAAACGAGCCAGAAACGGCAAAGAGAAGAAGACAAUGAACAAAAUCCGAAAUGUCAAAGACAAGAAGUUGUCGAAGUUUUAAAUGAAGCCGAAGAUGCGGUGGAAGUGGGACCUUCUGAUAUUGGCUAUAUGUCAACCGAUUCUGGUGAAGACGACCAACAUUUGACAAAUUCCGAGGAUGUAAGCGAAGAAGAAGUGGAAUGCAGCAGAAUAACCGAACGAUCGUCCAGUCCAUCACUUGAAAACAACGUAGAUCUUGACAAUUUGAUAUUGAAUAAACUUUUGACACAGACCGAAUUGAGCUACCGAAGAAAGAAAGCCAUCGAGAUGGUAUUUGCUCAAAAAUAUGGAACGGAUUGGUUGUACUUAAAUAAUCAUUCUGAUCUGAGUAUAGAAAAUUGGAUCAAAGUGCUACGUUUUUUCGGGCAUAUGAUCACAAAACUGGAUAUUGUUUACUGGAUGAUUAGUCCAGAGAAUUGUAUCGAAAUAGAUCGUUGUGUGAACGAGUACUGUGCCGACUCAUUGAUUGAAUUGAAAAUUAAAGAUGCCCCAACAUACAUCAUGAAUCACUUUAAAAAGCCGUUCACAAAAAUUGAGACGAUUAAAUUUGAACAUUGUACUCUGUCAAGCAACUCAACCGAUUUCAAUCGAUGGUUCCCGAUGAUGCGUCGUUUGGUAUUUUCCAGCUAUAAUGAAUUCUCUGAACGCAGGUGUAUCGAGGCUCCUUUCCCACACUUAAAAGAAUUGGAAUUCUGGUUGGACCACUGGAAAUCGUUUACUAAAUCAAAUGUAGCUCAAACAUUGCGCAUGAAUCCAAAUUUGUUGAAAUUGAAAAUUGAUGGCAGUAUAAAAUUGGAUGGAGCUUUUCUUCGAAAUGCAAGCCACCACUUACAACUUCUGGAAACCCUUGAAUUUGACUUGGACAACGAAGUAUUUCAAGCAGAUGUUUCGAAAGCUAAAUUCAAACACCUGAAAAUACUUUCAAUCAAAUAUUCACAUGGAAGUGAUUUGGUGCCAUCAAUUCCACUAUUAUGCGAUCAACUCAAGGAGUUUACAUUCAAAACGGUGAAUUGUAAAUGGAACGAUGAAUGUGGGAUGUUGCACGAAUUGUAUGACUUUAUCAACAAUCAUUUGUCCUUGGAUAAAUUAACACUGAAUAUUUUUGAUAACGAUUCACCCGCGAUGAAAACAGUAGAUAAAAUGCAACUGGCCAGAGCAUGUUCCACACUAACCCAAAUUGACUUCUGUUACUGUGAAUUUUCAGCAAAUGAAGCGCUUGACUUCAUAAAACAAUGUAAAUCUCUGAAAAGUUUGAAGUUUCGAUUUGGAGAGGAUGAAAGUGAUUCAACAUUUGAAGAGUUCGAGAAAAGUUUGAGCAACGAAUGGCAAGCAACCGAAACACGACCAUAUGUUGAAGUGAAUCGAACGAUCAAUACUAUAAAUGAGGAUGAACCGGGUGAUUUCGAGGAGUUGAUCGAAAGUACUGGGUCAAUUGAAAACACACAGUCUGAUGGAAAUGCACCGUCGUCUGAAACCAUUGAACCUGAGAUAAUGGAAACAACAGAUGACGAAAACAUCUCACAAUCUUUAUCUAAUUCCAUGACUAUGGAAUCGAGCGAUUCAGGAGAAGAGGAUCUUGAUGAUGUCUUCAACGUUCUUAUCCACAUGGAACUCGAGGACCUUUUGCAAGCUGCUGAAUCAAAUGCUCAAAGAAAAAUGGCUAUUGAAACCGUAUUUCUGGCUAAAUUCCAAUUGGAAACGGUGAAAUGCAGCCCAUCAUAUGAUCAAACGAUUGAGUAUCAAAAUGGCAUCAUUUCCAUAGGUGAUAUUACAGUUUGCUUGAAUUUUCUGCACUGUUUUGGACAUCUGAUCAAGAAAUUUCAAAUGGAAUUUGAUGAUGACGAGCUGCUUUGUCAUUUGAACGAAUACUGCGCUGAUACUUUGAUUGAAUUGAACAUUUCAAGUCGCUCUAAAAAAAAAUAGAAUGGAUGACUUCAAGAAGCCAUUUUCAAAAGUAGAGGUGCUUGAGUUCAGCGAUUGCCAUUUGAACGAACAAUUGAGGGAUAUUUACAAAUGGUUCCCGCAAAUUCGAUGUCUAAAGAUCCUAAAUGAAACUAAAUCGAAUAAUUUGAAAUGCUUAAUGAUGCCAUUUCCUCACUUGGAACAUUUAACGAUCGACUUUCCAACCCUCUCCUCUAUUCUAAUGGGUGUAGCGGCGGAUAUAUUUGACACAACCAGUGUUGGAAUUGCUUUGUACUUAAAUCCACAACUGCGAAGCGUAGCUUUUUACAACGUGAAUGCCAAGUUUCUCCGUAGCGUCAGCAAAUAUCUACAGUUUGUGGAAGAUCUGGACAUCAAGUGGUAUGAACGCUGCUCUGUUCUGAUCGUGCAUGAAAUGUACUUCAAAAGACGUGCACAAAAACUCGAAGUCAACUUCCAUCCAGGUGAUACUGACACCCAAGCAAUUCCACUGUCAUUUGGUCGUCUAAAGGUACUUACACUUCGAGCAAGAAAACUGAACAAGCACUUGUUAAAGUUCAUAAGCACACACCCAACAAUAACCGAACUUUCUUUGAGCUUCGAAGAGGAGGAUGAUGUUGAAUUGUGGCAAUUUGGCAAGGCAUUACCUUCACUGAAGAUAUUCAAUUUGAAUCGUGUUACGUGUUCUGUUGCUGGUGUUAUCUACCUUCUAGACAGAUACCAUUCGCUGGAAAAACUCCAAUUCAAACUUCGUGAUCGCUCGGAAUACGAAGGUCUAUGCCUGUUGUUGAGGAAAAAAUGGCAAACAUCCAUCGAUGACAUGGGCUAUGUUCAACUGGAACGUCGAAACAACGACUCCGAAUGAAGUCUCAACGACUUAACGCAACUGCUACAGUGAAUCUUCCCAUUUCAAAACCAAUGAGAAGACAACGAAAAAUUCAAUGUAAUUUCAAUAGCAAACCAAUUCACAAUAAUUCAGUAUCAAAUCGAGAACCCAACGAUAUUUAAAUUCACUGUAUCAACAUUGACAGUUUUAUUUUUACUUUUUCUAAAAAAAACCAACUGAAUUGUAAAUGAAGAAAGGAGAAUUUUUCACCAAAAAUUGUCAUGAAAAACAUUAUUAGCUUAAUUUGGACAAAAUAAAAGAUAGAUUUUAAUUACAUUCUUCCAUCGACCGUUUGGUUAACUUAUCAAAUUGAAAUUUUGCGAAUUUAAAUGCCUAAAAAAAUGUAAUUCUUAAUUGAAGUUCAUCAAAUAAAAGUUUGAUUAAAUCUAAAUGAAAUAAAA